GCCGCCCCGAUGGUGACAUCCAAAUCCCUGGCCGCCGACGCAUCCUUGACCGCCGGUGAUGACUAGGACGCCGGGAACCUAGCAGGAAAGAAAUCCCUGCCCGCCGAUGGUGACAGGGCGGCGAAAACCCAGCCGGGGAAAACGCGAGAUCAUUUUAGGUUUUUUUAAUUAAUAAUUGAAAAUUAAUAAAUUAUGCAAUUACUACAAUGUCUUUCAUUAUUUUGAAUUAAUAUGAUUCAUUAGAUUUUAAUGAGGUGGAAGGGCUAAAAUUCACUACAAUCGCCUUAUUUUAGCCCCUCAUACAAACGAUCAUGAAUAGUUGGUUGUCUUCUCUUUAAUUUCUUAACAAAUUUUCCUUUUACUUUGUUGGAAAACUAUUAAGAUCUUCUUACCAAAAAAUUGAAAACAAAUCACCGCAAUGGGGAAAGGAAGACAAAACAAAACAAAAGAGGAAUCAAUGUGAAGAAACACAGUAGCGGAUGAUUACCGAUUCAAACCCCCAAUAAAUAUAAUCAUAUUGACAAAUAAACAGCAAUGGAAAUAAACAAGAUGAAUCAAUAUAUAUACGUGGGUUCGUGCAAUCAACAACCUCAAUCCCAUGUCUUGGAAGCAAACCCCUCCCAUUCCAUCCAUCAAGUCCUUCCUUUAACUUCCUCUAAACCCUCUGCUCCAGUCCCUCGAUUCUCGUUUUGGCAGUUUUCUCUGUAAUUUCCCCUCGCUCCUCUGUUUCUCAUUCGUUAUAUAUACAUCUUCACCUCCCCUGUUUGUUUCCUGAGAAAAGAGAAAGACAAACAACAAACAUUUCUUUCCACCCCGUGAACAUCUUCAGCGCCUAUCACCUCACCCGUGCUUGUAUCUGUAUGUUUAAUGUUUAACCUAUUCUUCAAUUUCGAAACGCUGCAUUUCCCUAUCUAUGCAUUUUCCGCCGUCUUCAGGCGUUGUAUUUCAGCUGCUUACAACAAACCAUAUAUAUAUAUUUUUUCCGAUUUCUUCAUUUUUCAGAAUCCGAGUGCCGGCCACAGCAUCACGAUGGGAAUAAUCCGAAUGGGUACCACGAGGAAGAAGCAGAAUCCGAUUCUGCUGCUCGGAACAGUAAUACUUGCUCUGUUUUUGGCGGCGGCGGAUGCAGAGUACCUGCUGUACAAAGACUCAAGCAAGCCGGUCGAGGACCGAAUCAAGGACUUGGUGGGUCGGAUGACAUUGCCGGAGAAAAUCGGCCAGAUGGUUCAGAUUGAUCGCUCCGUCGCCUCAGCUGACGUCAUGAAGAACUACUUCAUCGGGAGUAUACUGAGCGGAGGAGGAAGCGUCCCUGGUCAGAAAGCUUCGCCGGAGACGUGGAUCAACAUGGUCAACGAGUUUCAAACGGGCGCUAUGUCGACCAGGCUUGCGAUUCCGAUGAUUUACGGGAUCGACGCCGUUCACGGUCACAACAAUGUGUACAACGCCACCAUUUUCCCUCACAAUAUCGGCCUCGGAGCUACCAGGGAGCCGCCGCUGGUGAAGAGGAUUGGAGCGGCGACGGCGCUUGAAAUGAGAGCCACCGGAAUUCCGUAUGCCUUUGCGCCCUGUAUCGCGGUAUGCAGAGAUCCGAGAUGGGGACGGUGCUACGAGAGUUACAGCGAGGAUCCUGACAUAGUGAAGGCGAUGACAGAGCUCAUCCCGGGGCUGCAAGGAGACAUUCCUGCCAAUUCUCCCCAGGGAGUUCCUUUUGUUGCUGGAAAGAAGAACGUGGCGGCCUGCGCCAAGCACUUUGUGGGUGACGGCGGGACGGUGAAAGGGAUCAACGAGAACAACACCAUCAUCGACUGGAACGGGCUGAGGAAGAUCCACAUGCCAGGAUAUUUCACCUCCAUAAUCAAAGGGGUCUCCACCGUCAUGAUCUCGUAUUCGAGCUGGAACGGCGUCAAGAUGCACGCCAACCAGCACAUGAUCACCGGCUACCUCAAGGGCACCCUCAACUUCAGGGGUUUUGUGAUCUCAGACUGGCAAGGAAUUGAUCGGAUUACCAGCCCACCACACGCUAACUACACCUACUCCGUAGAGAAAGCAGUUACUGCUGGAAUUGACAUGGUGAUGGUUCCAUUAAACUACACAGAAUUUAUCGACGAUCUAACGCUACUCGUGAACAAAGGGGUAAUACCAAUGAGCAGAAUCGACGAUGCAGUAAGCAGGAUUCUGAGGGUUAAGUACGCGAUGGGUCUAUUUGAGAACCCAAUGGCUGAUGAUAGCAUGGUCGACGAACUAGGCAAGCAAGAGCACAGACAAUUGGCCAGAGAAGCUGUGAGGAAAUCACUGGUGCUGUUGAAGAACGGCAAGGAUAGCAAGCAGCCAAUCCUUCCACUUGCUAAGAAUGCUCCCAAGAUACUCGUAGCCGGUUCCCAUGCUGACAAUCUCGGGUACCAGUGUGGUGGAUGGUCAAUCGAAUGGCAGGGAUUCACGGGCAACGAUCGCACCUCUGGAACCACGAUCCUUACAGCCAUAAAGGGCGCAGUCGACCCAACCACACAAGUCAUGUUCCAAGAGAACCCAGCAGCAGACUACGUCAAGUCCAACAACUUCUCAUACGCCAUUGUCGUGGUAGGCGAACCUCCCUAUGCCGAAACAGCAGGCGACAGCCUCAACCUGACCAUACCCGAUCCCGGCCUGACCGCCAUCCAGAACGUCUGCGGAUCGGUGAAAUGCGUGGUCGUCUUGAUCUCUGGCCGUCCUGUGGUGAUGGAGCCUUACGUUGACUCCAUGGACGGCCUGGUUGCGGCUUGGCUCCCUGGAACUGAAGGACAAGGUGUGACGGAUGCCUUGUUUGGUGAUUAUGGCUUCACUGGGAAGCUCCCCAGGACUUGGUUUAAGAGUGUCGACCAGCUGCCUAUGAAUGUUGGGGAUAAACAUUAUGACCCGCUGUUCCCCUUUGGGUUUGGGCUCACCACUGAAGCGGCGAAGGGGAAUUAUUAGGGUUUUUUUGGUGAUGAUGGGGUAUUUCUGAUUUUAUGUGGAACAAUUAUUGUCGAGUUUAGUUUUGGAUUCUGCUGAUUAUAUAUCCUCUGGUAAAAAAAAAGAAAUUUUUGUGUUCAUACAAAAGAGUACAUACAAUGUUGGAGAUAUAUAUAUAUAUAGAAGCUCUCAAAACCAACUAUCAGUUUCCAAAUUCGCAAUGUUAAUUUAUCCUUGAAGAACGCAUACAUCAUCAAAUAAAUGAAAGUGUCUUGU